CUGAUUGCAACUACUCUUCACAACUUCAAGAUAGAAUUAACCCCACACUAGUUGCAGAAAAGCUGUUUUACUUGAUAUUUCGAAUUGAUUUUACUUCCUUAAGUCAAUAUUUUGUCUCCAAGACAAAGUGGACAAUGUUCUUCUACUUGUCAUUUCGGAACAGAUUUUGAAGCCCCCAGCAAUGUUCAACUGACUCACCACAACUUCCUACUUUUUAAAUCAUGCACAGUACUUAUAGAAACCACAGCUCGAAGGUUUGAACCAUUAAUAUGAGAAAUCAGUGUCUUAUGUUUAUGAUGUUUCCACCCCACAUUUAUUUGUUAUAUGGUUUCACAUUUUGCUGCUGUGGCGGCAGCGGGUGUGUCCAGACGUGUGUGAACUAUCUGGUUAUUCACUCAUGUAAACUUUAAAGCGCAAAUGUAAAGGACGAUGGUGUUUAUUAGCAAGACUCCCGCAACAAAUGUCAACUCAGUUUGUUAAAGAGAAUAUUAUUGUUUUGUUCUCAGGGUAUCAUAUCUUCUUCACUCUCAUGACAAAACUGUGACAAUUUUGGCAAAAGUGUGAAAGAUUAUGCUUACUGCUCUGCCUGUGUGAAAGUUUGUACGAGAUAUUGCACAUGCAUACUUUAUCAAGUGAGAAGACGGAUUUCCUGUAACUGCACUUAAAUAUUGUAUUUCCCAUACUUAAUGGAGAAUUUUAUUUCUGUUUUCUUUGCUAUCGUUGCACCCUUCAUCCUGGUUUCUUUUGCCUUGCAUUCAUAAUUUAGUUGGUUUGAUAUCCAACCUAAAAUACAAAAUAAAUAACAGUGACUAAGUGAUAGAAGAGCUUGCAUCACACCCACUUCGAAUAAUUGCUGACUGGUCAACAUUAUUGCACACACCAGGCACCAGUUUACACACACACAUAUACACACACACACAACAUCUGUGUGCACAUCUCCUGGAAGGAGGCCAGCACCCCUACUUUCAGAUUCUCGAUCUGCAGUCAGAAUUGACUUGUGUGCUUCUUUGUGGUCUCUGGCCUUUAAGCCUUACAUGGAAAGCAGCUUUGGACAAUUGCCAACCAUGGACACGGUUGAAGACCAAUAUUCCCUCCUCAUGGAUCUCCUCAAUAUGAAUGAGACAUAUGACCCAAGCUAUGUUGUCAGCGAAAGUGUCAAACUCUGUAGGAAGUCAAAUGUCAAUGAUUUUGGCUCCAAAUUUAACCCGGCUUUCUGCUAUGUCAAUUUCUUUCUGAGUUACCUUGGUAAUGGCCUCGUCCUCUACAUCAUUUACAAGUAUGAGAAGCUCAACACGGUGACAAACAUUUUCCUGCUCAAUCUGGUUCUCUCCAACAUCCUGUUUGCCACCAGUCUCCCAUUUUGGGCAACUUAUCAUCUGUCUGAAUGGAUUUUUGGAAAUAUUUUAUGUAAGUUAGUCAGCAGCGCCUACUUCAUCGGUUUCUACAGCUCCAUCCUGUUCCUCACGCUUAUGACAUUCGACCGAUACCUUGCAGUGGUGCAUGCGGUAGCAGCUGCUAGAAGCAGAAAGAGAAGCUAUGCUUUUAUAUCCUCUGCAGUUGUUUGGUGUAUCAGUGUUAUGGCCAGUGUGAAAGAACUGAUUUUUCAGAACGUGUGGAAGAGUCCUUUCAACGGGCUGGUGUGUGAGGAGUCAGGAUACUCUGAAAGCACCAUGGCAUUGUGGCGUCUGGUCUCUUAUUAUCAACAAUUUCUGGUGUUUUUCCUCCUCCCUCUGCUGAUGGUGAUCUACUGCUACAUCAGCAUCACUGUCCGUAUCCUGUCCACUCGAAUGAAGGAGAAAUGUCGUGCCAUCAAGCUUAUAUUCAUCAUCAUCUUUACUUUCUUCCUUUGCUGGACCCCCUACAAUGUCGUCAUCCUACUUCGAGCCAUCCAGAGCUCCAAUCCGGAUGUGGAUUGCGCUGACUCAGACAAACUGGACUAUGCGUUGUUUGUGACCCGCAAUGUAGCCUACCUUUAUUGUUGUAUCAGUCCAGUGUUUUACACAUUUGUGGGUAAAAAGUUUCAGAGCCACUUUAAAAGGCUGCUUGCUAAGAAAAUCCCUUGUCUCAGGAGACACCUGAGUCUCAGCAGCCAGAGUACACGAAGCACAUCACAGAAGACACCACAUUCUGAUUAUGAGUACUAGAGAAACUACAUGCUGUAAAUAGAAAUAUGAUGGAAACAAUAAGCAAUGAAGAUUUCAGAAAAAAAAUUAGAAUUGCUGUUGUAGUUUCUCAUAAAAUAUUUUUUUUAAUGAUCCAAAAUUAUUUCUGUAUGACUUUUAUACCAUGUUAAACAUUUCAUUGUAUUAUAGUUCUUUCAUUUCAAUUGUCCUUAGCUGGACAAUCUCAUGUAUACACGCCAUAAUGAAGCAAAAUUAGACAAUGGUUUUGGUUUUGUGUGUGUAUGUGCGGGCGUGCAUGUGUAUUUCCCGUAUAAAGUUUUGAAUACUUACUGUCUUGGUUUCUGAUGAAAAUGAAUACAAAUUGCUGUACAUAUAUUUUACUAUUUUGAUUUUUUUAGUCCAUUGCGUAUCAACAGAAAAUUUUGUUUGCCAGUUAUAGUAAAUGUCACAAUUGUAUUGCUUUCCCUCAGAGCUAUCUGCUUUUUGUAUAUGUUGAGCGGAACCAGAGAUUCAAAGGAAAUUGCGGUUUGCAAAUUUCCGCUACUUCCAGGAAAGGGUGCCAAUAUCAGUAACACAGCCAGGACAUUGAGUUUUCUAUUUCUUUCCCUAUUGUUUGUUUUAAAUGGUUGUUUAUCAUUUGCUCUUUAAUAAAAAAAACGAGUUCUCAAUGGAAAAUAAAAUAUUUCACGAUU